AUGGGUGAUAUCAGUAUGCACACAGCAACAUCUGUGGCAUUAGACAAGUCAGAGAGCACGACAUUGUUCUUCAAACCCGAAAACAUGGAGCAAUUGGCCCCAAUGCCCUGGAUCGUGCAAAAGUUUGGAGGGACAAGCCUUGGGCAUGAUGCCUCCAAUAUCGUCAAUCAAAUCAUCAUUCCAGCAACAGCAGAAAGCAGAGUCGCCAUCGUCUGCUCGGCUAUCAGUCGCUCAAAAAAGGAAAACGGUACAACAAACAGGUUACUUCGUGCUUGCAGCGAACUCGAGACAGACGGUGCAUGCUUUUCUAAGAUUAUUGAGCAAAUCGAACGUGAACACAUCCAAGCAGCCGAACAAGAAAUCCGUUCCCCCGAAAUUCGAGAAACUUUGAUUCAGAAAAUUCGCACCGAGUGUGCUUGCGUCGUACGGACCCUCAAUGCGGCAUACUUUCUAGGUGAAAUCAGUCCUGCCUGCAUUGGGAAGGUUGUUGGCGCGGGCGAGAGACUGAGUUGCCAUUACAUCGCUGCAAUGUUGCAAGAUCACGGACAGGAGGCCACAUGUGUGGAUGUCAGCGAGAUGAAUCUAGCAACAGUUGUUCCCAAUAGCUGGACGGACAAAAGGUUCGUGGACACAUUGGCUGCAGAACUUGUGUCAAAGGUCUGCUCUGUGCCUGGCAUCCCCGUUAUCACCGGCUAUUUUGGGCUUCGGCCGGCGGGAGCCUUGCUUCACUUCGUUGGACGCGGUUAUACAGACCUGUGCGCGGCACUCGUUGCCACAGGCCUCGACGCUGCGCAGUUGCAGAUCUGGAAAGAGGUGGACGGUGUGUGUUCGGCCGAUCCACGCCUCGUUCCAGAUGCAGAACUGCUCUCUUCGAUCACGACUUCCGAGUUGCGGAACCUGACAUUCUAUGGAUCCGAAGUGGUUCACUGCACUGCUGUCGACGUGGCAAUGGAUCGAAAUCUCACGAUGUGCGUGCGCAACGUGAGGAACCCCUUGGGAACCGGAACCCUGGUGACGCCCAAUGUGGAAGACUGGACUGAACGGCCCAUGGCCAUCACCAAAAAGGACUACAUGGCCAUUGUUAGCGUCCGCAGCCAGCCAGGUGUGUCGGGGUUGACGUUGCAGAACCACAUUUCGGAUGUUCUUCGUCAAUGGCAGCUCACUGGAGAGCAUGCCACAAUGAGUGAAUCUGGAAUCUCACUGGCCAUUGCCUAUCCGGAGGAUAUUGCUUAUGGGGCUCUUCCAUCUCCAGAAUCAAGGCUUCGGUAUGCUAUCGAGGACCUGAAAGUACGUUUCAGCGCAGUCAAAGUGAGCCAUCGCAUGGCUCUACUCUGUGUAGUAUGUCGUGCUGUCUCUAUCGAUUUCGCGCUGGUGGGCAUGCUACGAGUAUUACAUGCCAUGGGAGUUCCUGUGGAAAUGAUCAUGCAUGGUGAGUUGAGACUGCGAGGCUGUCUUCCAGUUCCGUUUGAAUUUGCUUCACUAACCUUGUACUCAAAUCAGAUCCGAUGGAUACGAUCGUGGGUUGUGUGA